AUGACCUCAGAAGCUGACGGGAACUGCCCAGAGGGCAAAGACUUUGUUGACGUCCUUGAGUAUUUAAUGGAUCCAAGGAACAAAGAGAAACUGCAACAUCUGCUGAGUGAUGAAUCCUGGAAGAGAUUUGUGGCUGGGGCCGAGUUGUCCAGGGAGGAGGCAGAUGCACUCUAUGCAGACUUGAGCCAGCUGGAAGCACUCAUGGCCGUGGGGGACAAAGACAUGCCCUCAGCAGACCAGCUGCAUGGGGAGAGCUUUAUGAAGGAGUUUCCUCAGGUGAAACAGGACCUUGAGGAUCGCAUACAAAAGCUCUACGCACUUGCUGAUGAGGUUGACAAGGUGCACAGGGACUGCGCAAUCACCAAGGUGACGGCCACUACCACCGGUGUUGUGUCUGGCAUUCUGACCAUCGCUGGCCUGUGUCUGGCACCUGUGACAGCAGGGGCUAGUCUGGUGCUUUCGGCAACUGGGAUGGGACUGGGGGCAGCAGCUGCUGUGACCGGUGUGACUGCCAACAUCGUGGACAUGUCAAAGGAUGCCUCAGCUAAAGCCGAAGCCAGCCGCCUAGUGUCAACUGGCAUUGACACAGAGAAGGUGGUUCAAGGAAGUGUUACGGAUCUCUGCAAGCCAUUGUGA